CCGCCGCCCUCCGGCCGCUCGGCUCCCGCCCCUCCUGCGCAGCGCUCCGGGACCAUGGCCGACCCUCGCGUGAGGCAGAUCAAGAUCAAGACCGGCGUGGUGAAGCGACUGGUCAAAGAAAAAGUGAUGUAUGAAAAAGAAGCAAAACAAGAAGAAAAGAUUGAAAAAAUGAGAGCUGAAGAUGGUGAAAAUUAUGCCAUUAAAAAGCAGGCGGAGAUCCUGCAGGAGUCCCGCAUGAUGAUCCCGGACUGCCAGCGCAGGCUGGAAGCCGCCUGCACCGACCUGCAGCAGAUCCUGGAAAGUGAAAAAGACUUGGAAGAAGCCGAGGAAUAUAAGGAAGCCCGGCUAGUCCUGGACUCGGUGAAGCUGGAAGCCUGACACGUGUCUGCGCAGGGUGCUUCUCGCGCCAAAGCCUGGGUCCACUCGACAGCUCACUGCUGACACUGCUCCGUUCAGUGUGAUUGUUCUUACGCAGUUCCAUGCAUUUUUCUUUGCCUCAUUUAGUGCAUCAAUGAGUUUAUCUAAUAAGCUUGUUUAUUUCAGAUUUUAUAAAUAUUUUAAUUAACCUGUUAUUCAAUCGCAUAGACAUUUUUGACAAAA